AUGCACGCUCCAACCCCUACAAACAAUCUCUACCUGGCUCAGGCCCGGGCCAGCACCGAUAGCAAACAUUGUAUGGAGCUCUAUGACAAAUGGGCGGCGACCUACAAUGCCGAGGUCGGCGACGAAGCUCAGAACUAUGUUGCUCCUGCCCUCGUCGCUCAAGCAGCUCUGAAAUUCUCAUCGACAUCGCAUGGUGCUUCCAACAGUGUGAUUCUCGAUGCUGGCUGUGGAACCGGACUGGUUGGACAAGCCCUUGCCAUUGCCAAUGCAAAGACGAUUGACGGCAUUGACUUGUCCCCUGCCAUGUUGGAGAUUGCCAGACAGACUGGUGUCUACCGUGAUCUAUCCCAAGCUGACAUGAAUCGACCCAUCGAUAAGCCAGACGGAACCUACGACAUUGUGUCCUGCGUUGGCACAUUCACUCAAGGGCAUGUUGGACCGGACCCGGCCUUAAGAGAACUGGUCCGAGUGACCAAGAACAAUGGUAUUGUCAUUGCAACUAUUCUUGAUGAAAUCUGGGUCUCUGGCGGCUUCAAGGCGGAGGUUGAGAAGUUGAAAGAAGAGGGCCUGGUGAAUGUGGUCACCAAUGAGCUCAUAGACUAUGUAAAGGGACACGGCGACAAAGCUGUGCUGGCUAUCCUAGAAAAGAACCCUCGCGCCUGA